GGGGUGGGGCGCAGGGCUCUAAACGUCAAAGCCCCGCGUCCUUCGGCUCCCGGAGCGGAGGGAAGGCGCGCGACUAGCGCCGGCGACAGCAACCCUAGCCGGGCAGAGAGUGGGCGGCGCGGUGAGGACGAGCGAGUAAGGCGGGAAGGCGGCAUCCGCUCCUGGGGAGAUCCCUUCGGCGCGAACCGCGACAGCCGGGACCCAGAACCGGGCUUCUGAGGCCCUACCUCUCGGGCCUCGGGACUAAUCGGAUUGAGAGCGCGCCGGCCCGGGCCGCGAACUCGCCAAUUGCUGAGGACUGCGGCCACCGCCCAAUCGGGAGCAGACAGGUGCGAGGUCCGGAAGGCUGAGGCCAAUCGGCAGCGGUUGCGACCUGCGGGGGCAGGCCUCAGCCAAUAAGGAGGCUCAAGUGACAGCUCUAUACGCCAAUCGGGAGUAAGGAAGCGUUUGUGCCCGCCCACCCUUCCGGCCGGAGCUCUAUUUACCAGGGGCGUGCAGCCUCCUUGCCAAUCAGAGCGCAGCUGAGCUGCCCGGCAGCCAACCCCAGAGGAGCGGCCGGCUGGCGUCCACCGCACCCAGGAGUUGGGGAUGUCCUACAAACCCAUCGCCCCCGCCCCCAGCAGCACCCCCGGCUCCAGCACCCCUGGGCCAGGGACGCCGGUCCCUACAGCCGGAAGUGUCCCAUCGCCGUCGGGCUCAGUGCCCGGAGCCGCUGCCCCUUUCCGACCACUAUUUAAUGACUUUGGACCGCCCUCCAUGGGCUAUGUGCAGGCAAUGAAGCCACCCAGUGCCCAGGGUUCCCAGAGCACCUACACCGACUUGCUGUCAGUCAUAGAAGAGAUGGGCAAAGAAAUCCGGCCUACCUAUGCUGGUAGCAAGAGUGCCAUGGAGCGCCUGAAGAGAGGCAUCAUCCAUGCCCGAGCUCUAGUCAGAGAAUGCCUGGCAGAGACAGAGCGAAACGCCCGCACGUAACAGGAAGCACCUUGGCCUCAGCGUCUGGACCUUUCCGGCCACUGCAGAGCACCUGCUUCUCCCUGGCCUUCGCCCCAAGUUGCACUUCCUAUCCUGGGCUUCCUGUCCUGUAUCCCUUGGUGGGUGCCCUCCAGAAACCAGGGAGUGGCUCCCACUCCAGCUGGCAGCACUAACCGGGCAUUCCCCCUGCAAGAGUUAGCAGUGGGGUCACUGUGAGUCCCACCAUGAUCUGCCAACAGCGUCGAUCCACCUGGAGCUUCCUCCUUUCUGUGGCUCCCACCACUCCGCACUUCUCACCACUUUGUCCCAGGCCUUCUCCCUCGAAGGGGUUCAGAAAGCCUGUACAUCCCUGCCUUGUCUCCAGGGCCAUAACGACUCUUUUCUUGGUGUGAUUUUUGCUAAACAUGCCCUUUUUAUAUUAAUAAAAGAUGAUUUGGAGUUGUUCUCUCA